GCAGCGCAGGUGCAACUAAUACCGGAGCAGGUGUCCAUGUAAUAUCACCUGCUUUGCCCCAUUUAAUUUAAUACAUAGUGAUUUCCCAGAAAUAUCGCCGCCUUGAACCGCUGUGCUUCUGGCCUCAAAACGCCGCAGCGGCUGUGCGACCACCUAUUUUAUUUUGAAAACCCCGCCAUCGGAAAUGCUACUUAUCACUUAUACUGGCUUGACAGUGGUUCCACAGGCACAUCAGCUGUACAUGCGAGGGCAACGCUGACCUAAUUAACUCUGGAAGGGACGACGACAACAACGACGACGACGACACAACGCACCGAACAUCCAGAAGAAACUGUGCGUAGGACUUGGUGUCAUUGCAGAGAAAGCCCCACCAACCUAGAAACCAACACAGAGCUAACAAGCGAGCUAUUGACUGCUGUUACCAAGAGAGAGGAAGAGGAGGAAGAAACAGCCAAAUAGAGAGAGAGAGAACUUGUCCUCUCCGGACAUAAGGAGGGUGUUUGGUCACAGCGAUCAUUGUUUUGCAAAAGCUUCUCGUGGGAAAAAGUAGCCACUGAAAUGUCUAUAAUGGCCGAGCUGUCAUCGGCUCAGGUGACCAAGUGCACCUGAGCACUCCUGGUGCGGCACACACUCAGUCACCACCAGCCUGUGGGCAUGUCAGUGUCGUAGAUCAAGGAAGAAAAAUAAAAAUCCACCACUUUUUAUUUUUUGUCUGGAUUAUUUUUACCUGGAGCUUUUUAUUCUUCUUUUUUUUUUCCUGAUUUGGUGGCUUACCUUGGAGGGGGAAAAAAAACCAAGCGCUGGAGGACUAAGGGCUGCUGGUGAAUUUUGGAUUUACUGAGCUGUUCAUUACAGCACGGAAAGGAGGCUGCUGGGGCUCGAGUGUCCGUGUGCAGGAAUGCAGAUCCACGUACGGAGGCAGACCAUACAGCGAGGUGUUUGAGCUGCUGAGCCUGUGAAGGCCCCCGGAGGCGGCCAUGUUCGAUCUCUCCCUCGGAGUGCCGGCGUUGACCCGUCUUCACCCGUCGCCUCACAGCACCUGGCUGCCGACCUAACCCCCCCACCCCCCACCCACCCUCUCUCUUCCCGGGUCUUCUUCCAGCGCCUGGCCGGGAGAAAGGUCCUUGUGUAUAAUGUCCUAUGCACACCACAAGCUGCUCACCUGGAGCUUACCUCACCUCCUCCUCCUACCACUGACCUACCUGUUGCUCUUAGCGUCUCCCACAGGUGUGUCAGCAAAUCUCUGCCGGGUGACCGGCGGGGUGCUGGGGAUCCACUGGAGCAGCGUCAUCAGCCUGGGUUGGCACUCCCUGGCCAAAGGGAGAGGCGGGGCGACGUGUUGGGAGUCCUGCUGCCUGAAUCCCAGUUGCAACGGCGUGUGGAGCCUCGGCGGACAAUGUGUGCUCCUCCGCUGCACGAGGAAUACGGGCUGCCCCAUCACCACCCUGCCCCAGCCCCACUACGAGUCCCUCGGCCUCCUUCAGCUGCUCUCCAAGAGUCCUGUCUACACAGCAAGGCGUAGAAGAAGGGCUCCUCUUGCACCGCAAACAGGAAGCCACGAGCUGCAGGCGGGACAACUAACCAGCACGGAAAAGCCUAAAGUGGAAACGGCUCCGUCGGCCCCCGGCGCCAUCGCGCUGCUGCAAACGGCCCAAAGGAACCAGAGCCAGUCGGCCAAUGGGAGCGCAGACGUCGCUCCGGCUCCGUCACAGCAGAACCCGACGGCCACCGCCGACACCACCGCCGACACCACCGCCGACACCACCGCGUCUCCCAAUAGCAGCGACGUGAUCGCGCCCACAGCGGCUGUAGCGGCCCUCACCACGACGCCAACACAGGCCGUGAGGGAGCUGGUGGUGUCGGCGGGAGAGAACGUGGAGGUCACGUUGCCCCGCAACGAGGUCGAGCUCAACGCCUUCGUGGUCUCGACGCCCCCACCAGGGACAAACUAUGCAUUUGACUGGCGUCUGAUAACUCAUCCCAAAGAUUACAGUGGGGAGAUGGAAGGGAAGCGCAGCAAGACUCUGAAGCUCAGCAAGCUGACUGUGGGCCUGUAUGAGUUUGAGGUGAUGGUGGGCGGGCAGGGUGCUCAUGGAGAAGGUUACGUCAAUGUCACAGUCAAGCCAGAGCUGCGGGUAAACAAGCCUCCUGUUGCCGUGGUUUCCCCAAAGUUCCAGGAGAUCUCCCUGCCAACCAGCUCUACGGUCAUCGACGGCAGCCAGAGCACAGAUGACGACAAGGUGGUGGCGUGGCACUGGGAAGAGGUCAAAGGUCCCCUGAGGGAGGAGAAAGUCUCCACUGACACCCCCGUCCUCACCCUCACCAACCUGGUGCACGGGAACUACACAUUCUUUUUGACAGUGACGGACUCAGACGGAGCCACAAACUCGACACAGGCCACCCUCUUGGUCAACAAAGCCAAGGACUACCGGCCUGUGGCCAAUGCCGGUCCGAACCAGGUCCUCCAGUUGCCACGCAACUCCAUCACUCUGUACGGCAACCAAAGCACCGACGACCACGACUCCCUGUCCUACGAGUGGUCCCUCAGCCCUGAGAGCAAAGACAAGGUGGUGGAGAUGCAGGGCGUACGUAAGCCGAUCUUGCAGCUGUCGGCUAUGCAGGAGGGAGACUACACCUUCCAGCUGACUGUGACGGACUCCGCUGGACAGCAGGAGACCGCGCAGGUCACCGUCAUCGUGCAGCCAGAAAACAAUAAGCCACCAGUAGCAGACGCAGGACCGGAGAAAGAGCUGACGCUGCCUGUGGAUCGAACCACGCUGGAUGGCGGCAAGAGCAGCGAUGACCAGAAGAUCGACACCUACCACUGGAAACAAACCAAGGGUCCUGACGGUGUGAAGAUUGAGAAUGCCGACGGCGCCGUUGCCACGGUGACGGGUCUCCAGGUCGGCACGUACGAGUUCACCCUGACCGUAACUGAUGAGAGGAAGCUGCAGAGCGCAGACGCUGUGACGGUCAUCGUCAGAGAAGAGCUGCGGGUAAACAAGCCUCCUGUUGCCGUGGUUUCCCCAAAGUUCCAGGAGAUCUCCCUGCCAACCAGCCCUACGGUCAUCGACGGCAGCCAGAGCACAGAUGACGACAAGGUGGUGGCGUGGCACUGGGAAGAGGUCAAAGGUCCCCUGAGGGAGGAGAAAGUCUCCACUGACACCCCCGUCCUCACCCUCACCAACCUGGUGCACAGGAACUACACAUUCUUUUUGACAGUGACGGACUCAGACGGAGCCACAAACUCGACACAGGCCACCCUCUUGGUCAACAAAGCCAAGGACUACCGGCCUGUGGCCAAUGCCGGUCCGAACCAGGUCCUCCAGUUGCCACGCAACUCCAUCACUCUGUACGGCAACCAAAGCACCGACGACCACGACUCCCUGUCCUACGAGUGGUCCCUCAGCCCUGAGAGCAAAGACAAGGUGGUGGAGAUGCAGGGCGUACGUAAGCCGAUCUUGCAGCUGUCGGCUAUGCAGGAGGGAGACUACACCUUCCAGCUGACUGUGACGGACUCCGCUGGACAGCAGGAGACCGCGCAGGUCACCGUCAUCGUGCAGCCAGGUGUGUCAGCAAAUCUCUGCCGGGUGACCGGCGGGGUGCUGGGGAUCCACUGGAGCAGCGUCAUCAGCCUGGGUUGGCACUCCCUGGCCAAAGGGAGAGGCGGGGCGACGUGUUGGGAGUCCUGCUGCCUGAAUCCCAGUUGCAACGGCGUGUGGAGCCUCGGCGGACAAUGUGUGCUCCUCCGCUGCACGAGGAAUACGGGCUGCCCCAUCACCACCCUGCCCCAGCCCCACUACGAGUCCCUCGGCCUCCUUCAGCUGCUCUCCAAGAGUCCUGUCUACACAGCAAGGCGUAGAAGAAGGGCUCCUCUUGCACCGCAAACAGGAAGCCACGAGCUGCAGGCGGGACAACUAACCAGCACGGAAAAGCCUAAAGUGGAAACGGCUCCGUCGGCCCCCGGCGCCAUCGCGCUGCUGCAAACGGCCCAAAGGAACCAGAGCCAGUCGGCCAAUGGGAGCGCAGACGUCGCUCCGGCUCCGUCACAGCAGAACCCGACGGCCACCGCCGACACCACCGCCGACACCACCGCGUCUCCCAAUAGCAGCGACGUGAUCGCGCCCACAGCGGCUGUAGCGGCCCUCACCACGACGCCAACACAGGCCGUGAGGGAGCUGGUGGUGUCGGCGGGAGAGAACGUGGAGGUCACGUUGCCCCGCAACGAGGUCGAGCUCAACGCCUUCGUGGUCUCGACGCCCCCACCAGGGACAAACUAUGCAUUUGACUGGCGUCUGAUAACUCAUCCCAAAGAUUACAGUGGGGAGAUGGAAGGGAAGCGCAGCAAGACUCUGAAGCUCAGCAAGCUGACUGUGGGCCUGUAUGAGUUUGAGGUGAUGGUGGGCGGGCAGGGUGCUCAUGGAGAAGGUUACGUCAAUGUCACAGUCAAGCCAGAGCUGCGGGUAAACAAGCCUCCUGUUGCCGUGGUUUCCCCAAAGUUCCAGGAGAUCUCCCUGCCAACCAGCUCUACGGUCAUCGACGGCAGCCAGAGCACAGAUGACGACAAGGUGGUGGCGUGGCACUGGGAAGAGGUCAAAGGUCCCCUGAGGGAGGAGAAAGUCUCCACUGACACCCCCGUCCUCACCCUCACCAACCUGGUGCACGGGAACUACACAUUCUUUUUGACAGUGACGGACUCAGACGGAGCCACAAACUCGACACAGGCCACCCUCUUGGUCAACAAAGCCAAGGACUACCGGCCUGUGGCCAAUGCCGGUCCGAACCAGGUCCUCCAGUUGCCACGCAACUCCAUCACUCUGUACGGCAACCAAAGCACCGACGACCACGACUCCCUGUCCUACGAGUGGUCCCUCAGCCCUGAGAGCAAAGACAAGGUGGUGGAGAUGCAGGGCGUACGUAAGCCGAUCUUGCAGCUGUCGGCUAUGCAGGAGGGAGACUACACCUUCCAGCUGACUGUGACGGACUCCGCUGGACAGCAGGAGACCGCGCAGGUCACCGUCAUCGUGCAGCCAGAAAACAAUAAGCCACCAGUAGCAGACGCAGGACCGGAGAAAGAGCUGACGCUGCCUGUGGAUCGAACCACGCUGGAUGGCGGCAAGAGCAGCGAUGACCAGAAGAUCGACACCUACCACUGGAAACAAACCAAGGGUCCUGACGGUGUGAAGAUUGAGAAUGCCGACGGCGCCGUUGCCACGGUGACGGGUCUCCAGGUCGGCACGUACGAGUUCACCCUGACCGUAACUGAUGAGAGGAAGCUGCAGAGCGCAGACGCUGUGACGGUCAUCGUCAGAGAAGAACUGGAUCAGCCGCCGGUGGCUCAUGUUGUGUCGAGUCCACCCAUCACUCUGCCUGUCAGGACCGGCACUCUAGAUGGAUCUCACUCCACUGACGACAAAGGAGUCAGCUACCUGUGGACCAGAGAUGAUAGCAGUCCUGCUGCGGGGGAAGUACUGAACAACUCUGACCACCAGGCGGUGCUGUUUCUGGGAAACCUGGUGGCUGGGAAGUACAGCUUCACCCUGACUGUAACGGACAGUAAGGGACAGACCAGCACUGACGGCGGCACAGUGGAGGUCAAACCAGUUUGCAGAAUGUCCGACGGGUCCUGCAAUCAGUUGCUCUCUCGCUCUCUCAAUCUCGCCUCCUUUUUCUCCACCGCCCUCUGUUUAUCAGACAUAUGGGAGCGUGACCUGGUGGAGUUGGUGCUGGAGGUCUCUGUGUCCCAGGUGUCCCGCCGCCAGCGCGACAUGCUACUGCGCCAGGUCGGGGUCUUACUGGGCGUGCUCGACAGCGACAUCAUUGUGCGAGAGAUCAGUGCGUUUAAUGAGCACAGUACUCGUCUGGUCUUCCUGGUGUCCGGCGGUCCAGGGCGCCCUCCUCUGUCAGGCCGCAGCGUUGCACUUAGCCUACGCAACAAACUGCGCAAACAGAAGAAUGACUUUCUAAUCUACAAGGCCCGACGAGUGGAUACAGUCAUCUGCCAGCUGAACUGCUCGAGUCACGGUGAGUGCGACUCGUUCACGCGGAGCUGUGUCUGCCAGCCUUUCUGGAUGGAGAACUUCAUCAGAGCUCAGCUUGGAGAUGCAGAGAGCAAUUGCGAGUGGAGCGUCCUCUAUGUGACUAUCGCAUCCUUCAUGAUUGUGGUUGCUAUAGCAACAGUUGUCUGGGGGAUGGUGUGUUGCUGCAACAGGCGUAAGAGCAAAGUGCGCAGAAGCAAAAGCAGGUAUAAAAUGCUAGAAGCUGAUGAGCAAGACAGUCUGGAGCUACAACCACCGAGAGCUGCCCGCCUGAAGCCGGUGCCCGCUCCCACCUCCUCCGCCCUCAUGCGCUCUGACUCUGACCUGGACAGUGAGGAUGGGCAGGGCGGGGUCCCGUGGACGGAGCAGGAGCGAGGCCAUCUCCUGCGGCCCCAGAACGGCUUCCUGAGGAACGGCCAGGGGCCGGUGAGGGCAAAGAAGCAAAGAGAGGAGCUGCUAUAGCAAGAGAGGAGGCAGGGGAGCUCGCCGCUCGCCUCGUUACCCUCGUCCAGCCGCUCCUCGCUCUUCCCGUUUCCCUUUUUGUUGUUCUUCAACACAGAAACCGCACACCCGUCGUCCAUGAAGACGGACUGUGGGGACGAGGAAAGGGAACAAGAGGAGCAACAUGUCGUCCUGCUGUCACAGAAAACAAACAAAAACACCACUGUACUGACGUUUCCCUGCUCCCACACUGAGCCACUAUGGAAGGAAAAACAAGCUACCUAUAACAUAGACCCCUAUUAUUUAACACAGAGACAUAGAGAAUGUAUUGUCACCCCUCUAACUGAUGGCUCACAAAGUAACUCGUGUACUUUCUGUAUUGAAAAAACAAACAAAAAAACAACUGCUUGGAUGACAUGAACACCAGCCACUUGACACGCUCACAGCUUGCCUCUCGUAGACAUGCAUGUACGCACACGAAGAUGUCCGAAUUGCACUGGUCCAGGUCAACUUGAUGCUACCAAACUGCCACGGAGAAGCCAAUGGACUCUGCACUGACCGUUUUAGUCAGUGGCCAACAUGGCGACUCGUCGGAAAAGGAAAAAAUAAACCAACCAAAACAAGAGCCAAUGACAGCAACGGACCCUCCCCUAAAGAAGAAGGGAAAAACAAAUCCAUGUGCAUGAAGAGUGACGGUUCUGCUCCAACUUGAUACGGGAAUGAUCGCCUGCAUGUCUGUAUGUCGGGUGUAUGUGUGGAUUUAUUCCAGCGGCUGUGUCAAAAGAUGCUUCUUCAGAGCAGUUUGUAUGCUUUUUAUUUCUAUUGUUGACAUACUGAAUCGUUAACAACGUUGUCAGCGGAGGGGAGGGGGCGGUCCGAGGCUCAAGAUUCUUUAAGAAAAAAAAACACUGCUUUUAUUCUGAAGGUUUCUCUGUGGAUAAAGUCGCCAGGACAAACACUGGAAAACACCGUUAAUGAGUUUGGUCUCGACGGACGGAGAGAACAGCGAGGAGAUGUUCACAACACGACAAUUGGAAUUCACUCACCUCGAGCUUCAUCCAUGGGACGACUGCUUGAACCACAAAGACCACUUCAGUUUUUGUAUGUCUGUUGUUUUGUUUUUUAAACCACCUUCAGGCUGUGAAUUAGAUGUCGGUCACUUUGGUCUUAUUUUCCUCUCUUGUAGGGAGAUCUGUGAUGGUUAAAGUUAAAAAGGCCAUAAAAAAAGAAACAAUUUAACUGCAUUUAAAAUGUAUUAAAUAUUUAAUUUUCUUGGCUUUAAAGAUGAAGGGUAAGGCUACACUUGAGCAAAGUGAAUGCAGUUCAAGUCCAGAGGCAUCGGCAGUAAUUGAAACAUACCUGAAAAGCUCAACGUGUAACAAAGUGGGAACUUAACUUUUUUUAUCCUGUGGGGUAAUUUCGCAGUUUCUGUGCAAUUUCAGCAACCAAUUAUGAACCGUUUGGCUCCGAAAUAGUAUGAGCGCAUUUGUCCUAUUCCUAUAGUGAAUUAUGUGUCCAAAAUUACCUUUAAAAACAAAUACUGACUUCCCACAAAUGAGCUAAGAGCAGCAGGUUAAUCUUGGGGGGGUGAACACUUUAACCAAAUGACUCUUCCAUUGCAAGUCCACAAGUUGAGUCACUUUAUCUUUUGUUUUCCUGCUGAAUGCUGAAAGGUGCACGCUGUCGAUUCACUUUAUUAGCAAAAACUGUCUUCUUUUGUACUGUUGAGUCAUCUCAUGCCGAUGUCGUUCUGCUGCACUAGUUUGGUGUACAUCAGGGCGGGACAGAGAUAUUUAACAACAACAACAUCUCGGUCAGAGUUGCUGAAUUAUAUCCGGCCGCCUUUUUGCCAAUUUAUGUGAGGCGAACCAAAACCAAGUGCACCCAAUAAUUAAUGUCGUAUUCUUCUGAUGUCUUUACUCAUCAUAGGAAAUGACCUUUGGAGUAGUUGCCAAGUUGUUCACCCUCAUUCCGAGGACACUUCUUAACCGAUUUGAGAGGAUUCGGCACUUCUUCUGUUCCAGGUACCACAUUAGCCAAGUCCCUUUGGGGAUUCAUAGAAGUAAGAGAAUUGACCUUGACUCUGAUGGAGUCCACUGUGAAGUUAGGCAGAGAAAAUGGAGAGCAACUGUUGAUUGAAGGGAGUUUAACUUAAGAUGUUUAGAUAGGCGUGUAGUGAAGGAGAACCCCCCCCCCCUUCUUCCCAUAUAUGUGACCCAGACCUGAUGCAACUGGAUAAUCUGUCAAUUAAAAUUAAAAAUGUUUCAGUUUGCUCUUGAGUUUUUGAGCAGAACAAAAGGUCCUUAUUUCCCAUUUGUCCUUCCUUUCCACUGCCAGCAUGUAAUGUUCCUUUAAGUUUCAUACAGGACACUUUUUUUGUUACAGUAGAGGCCUGAAAUGUGAUAAUGUAUAGAGCUGAGAUCAUCAUCUUCUUCUCAAAGCUCAUUGUCCUUGUCUGUGAUGCCUUGUGUGUCACUGCCUCAAAUGCACGAGCACCUUCAUCAACUCAUAACAUAAUCUUCAACAAUAUUGACAAAUUAAAGUCAAUUUGCAGCUCU